AUGACUGAAGUCGAGAAUGAUUUUGAUGAAAAAUCUGUGGAUGACUUAGAUAAGGAUGAUUUAAUCCGACUGUUUGCUUACCUUCAAGGGGAGCUGGAAGCAAGAGACAUAGCACUUGCUACUCUAAGGGUGGGUUGUUUUCUAAUGAUUUAUUUUCAGUCCGAGCACAUAAAUACAGCCAAUCUAAGGGCAAAAUAUGGUAUUGUAGUAAACGACCGACAUAGUGUCAGAGACUUGAGGGAUCCUUUUCAGGCAUUACGAAGAGAUUCACUGUGCUCACCUCUGUGCGAUAAUGAAUCUGCUUUAAAGCCACUGUACGACAGCCAGUUAUUACAGCUAGAGAAUCUCAUAUCAUCUCAAAGGUAUGCUCAAAACAAAAUGCGAGAUCAACUAGUCCUGAUGGAAAAAAGAUAUGUCAAGGUAUGUGAAGAGUUAGAGGAAGAACGUCGAAAACACGAAAGAGAUGCUGCUCAAGGCGAUGACGUCUUAGUUAUGCUUGAAAAGGAACGUGAAAGGCUCAAGUCUGAGGUUGACUAUGAAAAACUACAAAACAAAAAACUCACCCGUGACUUGAGGCGUGUAAUUCUCAGUUGGAGGGAACAAAAUCUUUUGUGUAAUAAGCAAAAAUUUGCUGCUGUUACUCUCAUAAAAGAGCGCAAACGUCUUUCUAAUGAACUGGCUAGCAAGCAGAAACGUGUGGCUGAGCUGGAGCGAUCAUUGCAACAGAAUAGCCUUAAUACUAAAGCACUCAGUCCAGAUUGUACCAACUCUGAUAGCAAGAUAACUGGAACAGUUGGUUCAGAUAAUAACGUGUGCUGUAGUCAUCAGUGUGAGUUGUUACGGCAAAAGCUGGCCGAGGAAAUGGAAACUCGUAAAGCAAUUGAGUGCAGUUUUGAAAGACUUAAAGCAGAUUAUCAAAGACUGGUAUCCGAAUCUUACCCCAAGGAUCAUACAGCCAAUCGUCCUCCAGAAGAUUCAGUUGGUGUCAGUGUCUCAUUGAUUAACGGUCCAUGGGUUUCUACUGAAAAUUAUAGUAGUCCUGAGUCCGUCACUACGAAUUCUUCGAUCAGAUUCAAACCAAAUCCUCCUCAAAGGCGAUCAUCUGAUAUGCCGACUUCCGUGUCACCCACCUCUAAUAUAAUCUCAUCUGGAUCUAUUCUGAUUUCUAACAGUUCAAACCACACCGGAGCCACUACUUCUGGCUCUUCUCAAACAGUUGUUGAACAGUGUUCAUCUAGAUCUCCCUCUGGCAAUGUUGGUGAAAAAUCAACCACUCAGUUGUCUAUUGUCCCUCCAUCAACCACAUCACCACCUUCUAGAUCAUCCACACCAUCACCUCCCCCACCGCCACCCCCUAUGCAGUUACACUACCCUUAUCCUGGGAUGCAGGGACACUUAAACCAUACUUCACGAAGUCAAAGCGGCCCUCCACCUUUUCUUCCAAGUACAAAUACUAAUCGCCCUAUACCGAACUCAAUGUCUCAUACAGCUGUUGUACAGACCUCUAAAUCUAGAAACCUAGCUUCUCAUCAAUCAAGUCCUCCUUACCAACCGUCAUAUUCUUCUCCGAAUCACACUGUGGUCAUCCCUGGUAGAGCUGUUAAUAAUUCCAUUUAUUCAACACGUGGAGGGUCACGUAAACCUAUGUCUGUAAAUGUUCAGCAUACCAAUUUCCAUCACAAUCCUCAUUCAACUCCUCGCCCUGUUUCCCCUUUUAUACAGUCUCAGUCUAAACCUGCAUCGGUUGCUCUUCAAUUCUCUCAACAUAGUAGCUUAGCACCAAACAGCACUUCACAUCCUUCGAUUGGUGGGCAUCAUGUUCCCACUCAUUCGUUGCAUCGUUCCCAUCCUUCUAUUGUUAAUCCUAUACCAUCAAAUGUUAGACCACGAAAUCCAAUCCAGAAUAGUCAAUCGGGACUUACUGUAGCGGUAUCAGUCAUGGGAGGUGGACAUGUAUGUGUAAAUGGAAAAUAAUUUAGAACUUUCUGUCUAUAUUUAGAUAUAUUUUUAGUGUUUUUUUAAAGAGGAAUUCAUUUCUAGUUCUAUGUUUUUCAGUAUCAAUGACAAGAAUGACAACUACAGCAUAUAUAUUUUUUUAUAAAACUAGUCAAUACGUGUACAGCUGGAUACAUACUACUUAUUAUAUAAUCUAAUUGUUAUUGUAAGCAAAGUAAUGUGGUUUUCAAAAAUUCUAGUCAGAUAUCUUAAAGUUUUACAUCUAACCAUCAUUUUCGGACAGAAAAUAUGUAUACAUUUUUUAAAUAUUUUUAUGACUCAGUUAAC